AUGAUGAUUUACACACGUCCUCCAGCUAUGGCUGGCAAGGGGAGAACAUGCAGAAACACGGCAACCCCAUGCAAAUGGACGUGCACAGCAUGGCCUUUCACAACCUCGAAAGCCGUCGUGCAGUGGAGCAAUUGUUUUUUGAUGAGGCGUGACCUCAUUGUGGCGAGUCACGAUUGUGACGGAUCGUGUGCGGGUUGUUAUUCGACCUCAACUCUGUGCACUUGCUCCCACUCCGUGCAUACUAUCCGCGAUAUCCUUCUGACUACCAGAAACUUCCUUCCAGACCGCGCAUCUAUCCGAUCACCAAUGAGCACCAGCUACAAUUUCCCUAGUGGCGUACCGCAGGAAAGCUUCCUCCCGACGAGCUCCUAUGAUUAUCAGACCCUGUCGGAGUCCAGUGGACCCCAACAGCUGGCCCGAUCGCACGACGGCGACAUAGAAGGGACCGAGGAGCGUCCCCAGAGACGGCAGCGCGUCGACGGGCCUGUCGAGGACGGGCCCCAGCACGCAUACGACACAGCGGCAAUGUCCGCCGACGGAGUCUCCGUGGCCCCCGGACGCGCCGCGCCGGCCAGCGACCCCGCGGCGGCUGGUCUCCUCCCGCUGCACAUCAACACGCGCCCGCCACCGGCGUUCUUCCUCUGCCUGUCGGACUACCGCACAGGCCCGCCCGUGCCGGUGUUCCUGGGCGGCAAGUUCUGCCCGUACGCGUUCCUCUUCCCGGACGGCUUCCCGGGGCGCACGCGGCUCGUCGUUGUCGACUCGCUGGUCGCGGAGCGCAUGUGCGCGGCGGAGGGCCGCGCCGUGUUCCGCCCGCGCGCGGUCGUCGCGCGCACCCAGCGCGGGGAGCUCAAGGUCGUGCGCCUGUUCAGCUACGCGGCCGGCGGCUUUGUGCGGUUGUACCCGAACAACGACGUCGACGUCGCGGCGCUCCCGCCGCCGUGGAACGUCGACAUCAGCACGGACCAUUUCCCGUCCCUGCAGCUGCUCAGGGUCGCUGUCUCGACGCAGAUCGUGCCGUUCGUGAGGAUGGCUUUGCAAUCCCGGCCGCAAGACGCUGCUGCGGAUGCUGAUAAAAACUCUGGCGAGGACAAUGUCCAGGAGCUACCGGAUCUGACGAACCCAUCGCUCCUUGGAUAA